CGUCAUUCAGGCACUGACGGACCUCGUGACUUCCUCCAAAACUAUCGUUCAGACCAGUAUCUUCUAAGAUUCAAGUAUUGCAAUGCUUUUAUUCGCGAGAGGACGAGCAAGACCGCACGGCGAGCACCGCAAAUGAUUCUGGAGACCUAGAAAAUCGAGCAGAUUCGCAACGGAGAGCACGAAGCAACGGAAGAGCAUCUUAGAAAGUGGCUUGCCGAUGAGAUCGAAUUUGAACUUAAAAAGGAGCUCAGAAGUCGGGGCAAAAAUGUUCGGUAUAAUGCCUGGUGUGAAUGCGGUUGUAUGUUUCGAUUAAGAUUGACCGACGCAUCCUUCCGAAAAUCAACUGGAUUUAGCAAGCCCGGUUUUGAUCGUAUCGUCAAGACACUGAAAAUACCUUCCAAUAUUGGCUCUCACGCACUUGAUAUCAAUCGAAGGCUUAAAAGUUGUCGCUUUCAUUGACGGCACUCAUGUGAAAAUGGCACGGCCCCACAACCACGCCCAGCAAGGACAUGGAGUUACACAAAAUGCUGUUUACAGUGGCCAUAAGAAUACUCAUAAUUCGGGAUAUCAAGCAGUUACCACACCUGAUAGAAUAUGCGUUGAUCUUACAGGCCCUUCCGCGGGAAUUCAGCACGACUCAUUCAUUUACAUGUACAGUGGCUUUCAUGAUAGGCACAAAACUGCUUUGCAUGGUGAUAAUCAACAGUAUAGGGUGAACGGAGAUCCGGUACAUAGAAGUUCUGACGUUUUGAUAGUUGGCUUCAAGGGCCAAAUACUGACUUCAGACGAAAAAAGGCAGAACAAGGUAAUGUCAACAUCUCGAGUUUCGAUUGAGUGGUUCUUUGGAGCUGUAAAAGACAAUUGUCGGAUCUUCAACAGUAACGAUAUUUUCAAAGUCGGAGGUGAAAAGGGAUGUGGGGCCUAAUCUCCUACAGCAGUGUUUUUGACAAAUACCAAGCACUGUUUGGAGGGAUCACAGGCUCCGAUGUAUUUCCAGGUCGAUCCUCCGACAAUGGAAGAAGAAUGGAAU